UUCCUUCGAGAAAGGGCCUCCUGCCUCCGCGUACUCUUCCAGCCAGCCCAGGAACCAGAUGGUUCCUUUCCGACCUCCCGGCCCCGCCUCGACCCCUCGGGGCUGGUCCCGGUCCUGGUUCUUUGUAGCAUCUUGUAUGGGGCCGCGAGAGCCCUUUGGCCCGCCAAGCCCUGAAGGUACCUGCUUUGCUGUGACCCACGACUUUACAGUUAUGGGGAGAAGGGAAGAGGGCGUCUCUACGGAAUCGUGUUGAGACCCGGUGCGGCCACAGAAUUUUUCGCUGUGUGGCUUUGGGCAACUCAGUGUCCCUCUCUGGUCCUCAGGUGGCUUCUUUGCUGUGAGGCCAGGGCCUGUAUUUUACUCCUAUUCUCUCCCCGGUACCCAACACAUAGUAGGGAAGCCUCUCCCUCCUUCCCCUCCCCUGGUUGACCUAUCACCCUCCCUCAGGACCUAAAUGCAGGGCGUUUCCCUCUUUGGCUGACACUGGACUCCUCGUCUACAUCUAGCUUGGCACAGAGGGACAUCCAGACCCUGAAAAGUGUGGGCAGAUGGCCCUUCUUCAAACCAACAAGGAUCUCAUUGCUACAGGAAUGAAGGAAUUUAACAUUCUGCUAAAUCAGCAGGUCUUCUCUGAUCCUGCUGUCCCUGAAGAAGACAUGAUGACUGUGGUGAAUGACUGGGUGAACUUCUACAUCAGCUAUUAUAGGCAGCAGAUGGUGGGGGAGCAGCAAGAGCAGGACGUGGCUGUGCAGGAACUUCGGCAAGAGCUGGAUACUCUGUGUGCCUCUUUCCUGGACAAAUAUAGGAACUUCCUGAAGUCCUUGUGAGCACCCGAUCACAGGCUGCCUUCCUCCUAGCCGGGAGACUCAGGCUUGUCUGAGACCCUUAAGUGCUGCCUCUGUGUUCUUCAAGGCCUCAGGCUCUGCCUUUAUGGUGUUACUGCACCCUGACACCUCAAUAAAGACCAGUACUUGUUUUGAUGGUU